ACAGAAACAGAGAAGAGCACUUCCUGUACUUUCUCUUUCCCCUUUUCUUCUGGCUGGGAAAUAACAAUGUCUGUCAAAACUUUGGCAGUCACAUGUUUUGAAUAGCAGAGCUACCAUGCUGACUCUGGACUACUGGACUGUGGAUGGCGUAGGUGUAGAUGAGAAGCUGUCUUUAAGGAGAGUAGCUGUGGUUGAAGAUUUCUUUGACAUUAUCUAUUCCAUGCACGUGGAAACAGGGCCAAAUGGAGAACAAAUUAGAAAACAUGCUGGACAAAAGAGAACUUACAAAGCAAUUUCAGAGAGCUAUGCCUUCCUACCAAGAGAAGCGGUGACAAGAUUUCUAAUGAGCUGCUCAGAAUGCCAGAAAAGAAUGCAUUUAAACCCGGAUGGAACAGAUCAUAAAGAUAACGGGAAGCCUCCCACUUUGGUAACCAGCGUGAUUGACUACAACAUGCCAAUUACCAUGGCCUAUAUGAAGCACAUGAAACUGCAGCUGCUGAACUCACAGCAAGAUGAGGAUGAAAGUUCAAUAGAAAGUGAUGAAUUUGAUAUGAGUGAUUCAACACGGAUGUCAGCUGUGAAUUCCGAUCUUAGCUCCAAUCUUGAGGAAAGAAUGCAAAGUCCCCAGACUCUUCACGGCCAGCAAGAUGAUGAUUCUGCUGCAGAAAGCUUUAACGGCAAUGAGACUCUGGGGCACGGUUCUGUUGCUUCAGGGGGAGCACACGGCAGGGAGAUGGGAGACUCCAACAGCGAAGGUAAAACUGGGCUGGAGCAGGAAGAGCAGCCACUGAACCUGAGUGACAGUCCCCUCUCAGCGCAGCUGACUUCGGAAUACAGAAUAGAGGAUCACAGCAGUAAUGGAAAAAACAAAUAUAAGAACCUUCUAGUUUCUGACGUCAAGAUGGAACGAGAGGCCAGAGAAAAUGGAAGCAAGGUGAGGGCCUAUCACAAUUUCCAGAGAUUUUGAGUUGGACCUGAAGGUCACAAAGAAAUACAUAUUUAUAUAUGAGAUGAAGAUUAUUAUUAAUAAAAAUAUUUUAAACAAUUCCCAAUAAUACAUUACCAAGAGACUUAUAACCAUGGCUACUGUGUUUCUAUACAGCAGAAUAAAUUCUGGGUUAAUAGUGAGCUAAUUAGGCCAUCCCUCAGACAAACCCAUCAGUGUGUUUUUGUACACAGAAUUACUGGAAUUGAGUUUCUCAUUAAUAUAAUCUUCCCUGGAUCUCUCUCUGGGAAUUUGUUGAACUCAGAUAUGAACGUUUAGGUCUCAGCACGCAAAUUUUGAACUAUAAAAAGAUCACUAUCUAGUUUCUCCUAGAUUGGGUAGGUGUAUGUAGCAAUAAAGUUUCAAUUAAGUUCUUGAGUGUGCUUUAGAGAUCUGGGGACAUCAGUCAGUAAUUGACUCCGUGUACAUUGGAGAGUUGUGUCAAUGUUCUUGAUGAAACUGGUGGAUUAAAUAACUACUUGAAGGAGUAAUUUAUCAUUAACUGUAUUAUACAACAGAAACAUGUUUCAGACAUAAUGCUCUAAAUUUCUAGAUUAUUUAUAUUAGAAUGAGUACAGUACCCUCACUCCAAUUAAUUUAUUUAAAAAAAAAAAAGCUUACAUUUCUACUUGUUUUGAAAAUACAUGCUGGUAACUUUGCUCUGUAAUUUUUGAGCACAUGAAGUUUAUGGAAUAUACAUUUUUACUCCCUUCCCCCACCCCCACCUCUAAAUUACAUGGGAGGAGGGAGUAG